CCAUCAAAUUACAAAGUAAAAAAGCCUAAUCCAUCAUGGAAGAAUUGUACAAAGCAGCAUUAGCCAUUGCCUAUCUGCUGCUCCACAGUUCCUACAUCGCCGGAGCAGCGUUGCUCGCCGCCUCGCCCUCACCCUCCCCCACCGCCUUGUCCUCCGCCUCCGUGGCCAGCCCGCCUGGCCAAUGGAAGCUUCUCCGAAACAACACCGGAGUGGUGGCCAUGCACAUGGCCCUCACCCACUACAACACCGUCCUCAUGUUCGACCAGACCAGCUCCGGCCCCUCCAACUACCACCUCCGCCACCGCUACGACGGCCGCCGCUGCCAGAGGGACCGCCAGGAUUUGCUCGACCCCUCGUGCUACGCCCACUCGGUCGAGUAUAGCAUUUCCACCAACACCAUCCGGCCCCUCUUCAUCCAGCCCGACCCCUGGGCCUCGUCCGGCUCGUUCUUGAGCAAUGGCACGUUGCUCGAGACCGGCGGAUUCGGGCUCGGUGCAAAGCGGGUCCGCUACUUCAGGCCGUGUAAAAACGGCAACUGCGAUUGGACCCACGGCCGGAAGCAUCUCUCUGCACAGAGAUGGUAUGCUUCCAGCCUCAGGCUACCUGACCACGACGACCGCGUGGUCGUCGUGGGCGGUUACAACGUGACCUCCUAUGAAUUCAUACCCAAGAGACACCCAAAUGAGGUAAGUUUCAACCUACCAUUCUUGAAAAAGACUUAUGAUAGCAGUGAAGGAGGCAACAACAUGUACCCAAUUCUACACCUCUCUCCAGAUGGCCAUUUAUUCAUCUUCGCCAACACCGACUCGAUCCUCUUCAACUACAAACGCAACCAAGUAGUGAAAUCAUUCCCUCGAAUCCCGGGGAAAGGCUCGCGGACUUAUCCGAGCUCGGGUUCGUCAGUGCUCCUCCCGCUCGACCUCAACGACCACUUUAUAAAAGCAGAGGUCAUGAUAUGCGGGGGAGCGGCCGCAGGGGCAGUCCCCGCGGCCGCACGAGGCCAGUUCCUCAGAGGCCUGGGCUCGUGCGGCCGGAUGACCAUCACCGGCAACAACCACAGGUGGAAGAUGGAAACCAUGCCCGCCGCUAGGCUGAUGCACAACAUGAUCAUCCUCCCAAACGGCAACGUUUUGAUCAUCAACGGCGUCGAGAGCGGCAGCGCCGGCACGAACAGCGCUGCCCGCCCGGCGCUUCACCCGUACCUAUACAAGCCGAAGAAGCGGCUCGGCCUCCGUUUCUCUCUGUUAAGGCCGUCGAAGGUCGCGAGGAUGUAUCACUCCUCGGCAGUUCUUUUACCCAGCGGGAAGGUUCUCGUCGGCGGCAGCAACCCGAACAGCCGCUACGCCUUCCAGAACGUGGCGCACCCGACCGAGCUCCGGCUGCAGGCGUUCACCCCGCCGAACAUGGAGGCGGCGUUCGACGACAGGAGGCCGAGCAACGUAACGGUGGAGCAGGACGGGGGAGUGGUGUACGGCGCGACGUUUACGGUGAGUUUUAUGAUGAGGAAGAAGGCGUGGCACUCGGCGCACGACGUCGUUUUCACGGCCUAUGUGUCGCCGUUCAACACGCAUUCGCUCUCCAUGGAUCAGAGGCUGCUGGUGCUGAGGGCGGAGAAGGUUACGGUGGACACGGCUAAGGGUAUGGUGGGGAAGCGGUUGGUGAGUGCGGUGGUGGAAGCUCCGGCUUCGGCUAUGGUGGCGCCGGCUGGUUAUUAUAUGAUCAGUGUUAUUUAUAAUGGGAUUCCGAGUGAAUCUCAGUGGGUUAGGUUCAUGCACAAGUGAGAGAAGAAGAGCAACACGCACUAAAUAAAUCCUUAUGAUCGAUAGUUUUCCU